AUGACACAUAUUUUCCGACGCACAAAAUUAUAUUCCCUCCUUGCACGCUGCCUCCCUCCCCCUGCCUCCCCCUCCCGCGUCUUGCCCCGUUGCCCACAGUCCCAAAACAAGCUGCUCUGCCCAGGCACGCCAGCCAACGGCACCUUCCUCCGGAAAUAUCAGGACGAGCGGGUGAGGGCUAUUGAAGACCGCAUUUCAUCGUGGCUCUUCCUCCCGCGCAAGCCCACGGACCCUCAGCUGAUGCGGUAUAAUACAGGCCAGGAGUUCGACGUGCAUUACGACUACUUCCAACACAAGGAGGACCGGCAGGUGCUGCACCGGGCGGCAACCCUCGUCCUCUUCCUCUCGGACGUGGAGCGGGGCGGCGAAGUCACUUUCCCCAACGGCAAGCCUGAGCGCGAGCAGGACUUUGGGCCUGUCUCAGGCUGUGCUAAAGGCCGCAUUGCAGUGCGCCCGCGCAAGGGCAAUGCGCUGCUCUACUUCCACCUCUCUCCCAACGGCUACAGCGAGCCCAGUGCCUUCCGGGAGGAUUGCCCUGUUCUUCCUCCCCCUAAUUCCAAACCCACUGUGGGGACCGGCUUGCGGGGGCUCUUUAGGGGGAUGAGGGGCGGCAGUGGGAGCGAUGGCAGUGCUGGUGCGGGCGGCAGCACGGGCGGCGGUGCGGGCGGCAGUGCAGGCGGCAGUGUGGGCGGCAGUGCGGGCGGCAGGCUGGAAGCGAAGUGGACGGCGGAGAAGUGGGUGCACAUGUUCAAGUACAUGACGCGGCGGAGCCUUUUGGACUGUACUGACGAGCACCCCAACUGCGGCAUGUGGGCGGCGGGCGGCGAGUGUAAGCGCAACCCCGGGUACAUGGUCGGUGAAGGCGGGUAUGUUGGGAACUGUCGCAAGUCGUGUAAAGCUUGUAGCGAUUGA